UCGUGUCUGUUGUGUUUGGCUUUUUCUCAGUUGGAAAAUUGGUAUUUCAGAGGAGCACAUUCCUGUGGUGAAUUGGAUAAACAGAGUUCCACGAAUCGUUGAAAAGAUGAGGCACUGAGUUGGUGGUAGAGGAAAGUUUUUUUGUCCUCACUUUGCUUCACCUAAUCGUUGCUUCUGUUUGAUGCCUUCUCUAGCGUUUUGGUGGCAGACGCAACGUUCACAGAGAGAGAGAGAGAGAGAGGUUGGUGGGCAGACGCCCAACACUCAAGAGGGAAGGAGAGAGAGAGAGGGUGUGUGUGCGCGUUGUCGGGAAUCUGCUUCUGGCAUUUUGCGGGUUGGAUGGAGAUGGGAUCAAAUAUCGUGGGGAGAGAGAGAGAGAGAAAGAGAGGGAACGGCUGGAGUCGUUCCGCGGCCGUCCUUUUGACGCAUCGGGUUCGUGAUUAGGGGUAGGUGGCGCUACAGUUUUGAGCUGACUAGUCCUCUUCGCUUUCCCACCUUCUGUUUUCUUCCUUCCGGGUUAGCCCAUAAGUUCCUCCUGUUCCAUUUCACCAAGGUGUUCUUCGGGCCUCGAUCCUUCUCCCAUCGAGGUGUUCUUCGGGCCUCGAUCCUUCUCCCAUCGAGGUGUUCUUCAGUCUCUCCCUCUCUCUCUCUCGCGGUCGCGUUUACUGAAACUGUAGCAGCUCUCUGUGUGAGCGGUCGUGAUGGCAACAUUCGCAAAGCUAGCGAGGAGGGCUAUCGAGACCGAAACUCCUGUCAUGGUUCAGAUACAACAAUUGCUCAGAGGAAUCAAAGGAGCAAUUUCACUAGCACAGGGUGUAGUUUAUUGGCAACCGCCAGAUCAUGCCUUAGAAAAGGUCAAAGAAGUUGUAUGGCAGCCAUCAACUAGCCAAUAUGGUCCUGAUGAAGGCCUUCCAGAACUUAGAGAAGCAUUAACUGAAAAGCUUCGACGAGAGAAUAAAUUGUUCAAUUCUUCUGUUAUGGUCACUGCUGGUGCAAACCAGGCAUUUGUAAAUAUUGUUCUUACACUUUGUGAUCCUGGAGAUUACGUUGUAAUGUUUGCACCAUACUAUUUCAAUGCAUACAUGUCCUUCCAAAUGACAGGCAUUACAAACAUAUUGGUUGGCCCUGGAAAUCCUAAAACUCUCCAGCCCGAUGCAGACUGGUUAGAGAAGACUCUGUUAGAGAACAAACCAACUCCAAAACUUGUCACUGUUGUAAAUCCAGGCAACCCAUCUGGAACCUAUAUACCAGAGCCCCUUUUGAAGAGAAUCUCAGAUAUCUGUAGACAGGCUGGUGCUUGGCUUGUAGUAGAUAACACCUAUGAGUAUUUUAUGUAUGAUGGGCUAAAGCAUUCAUGUGUGGAAGGCGAUCACAUUGUCAAUCUGUUUUCCUUCUCAAAGGCUUACGGGAUGAUGGGGUGGAGGGUUGGAUAUAUAGCUUAUCCCUCAAGUGCAGAAGGGUUUGGUGCACAGCUCCUUAAGGUGCAAGACAACAUUCCCAUCUGUGCAUCCAUCAUCAGCCAGCGGCUUGCUCUCUACUCAUUAGAAGCUGGUUCUGAGUGGAUAGCAACCAAGGUCCAAACCCUAGUCAAGCGCCGCAACUUGCUCCGAGAUGCUUUAUCACCACUAGGUGAGGAGGCCAUCAAGGGUGGAGAGGGUGCCAUUUACUUGUGGGCAAAGCUUCCUGAUCACCUAUCAGAUGAUUUCUCUGUUGUUCAAUGGCUCGCGAGGCGCCAUCUGGUAGUUGUGAUACCUGGAAGUGCAAGUGGUGGUCCAGGACGUAUCAGAGUAUCCUUUGGGGGGUUGAAAGAAGAAGACUGUGAGACUGCUGCUGGCAGGCUAAAAAAGGGGCUGGAAGAGCUUGUAUGCCAUGGUAUGGUCACUGAAUAGUAAGAGAGGGCAGGAAAUGGGCCAACAACUGGUGGCAAAUAUGGUAUGUCCUGAGAUGAAGGAUCUUUGGUUGAUGAUGGGAAGUGUUGGUUUCCUGUUUCGACUUUGUGCUUUAUUUACCUUAUGGUCCAACUGACAGUGGCGCAAGUCAUCUCAUUUAAACUAAAUGAAGAGAUCAAAUAUCCUUCACAAGAUUCUUUUUUCCUUUUUCUGUCAUAAUAUCAGAUGUUCCUGCAUUGCUAUGAAAGAUGUAAAAUCAAAGAUGAUGCAAAAGAACUUGCUGAAUUUGGAAAUGAUCAACUUAGCUGGCUUCUUUAUUCAUAAAAAUAAGUUUCCUGAUCAAAGUA